CCGGGCAGUUCUGCUUGGGCAGGGCUGAACUGAGAUCCCAGUCCUACCGUGCACCUGAGCCACAUGGAUCGCCUGUGUGGCUCCGGGAAGCUGGGCUCCAAGUUCUGGGACUCCAACCUGUCUGUAUAUACCAAUACACCAGACCUCACACCCUGUUUCCAGAACUCCUUGCUGGCCUGGAUCCCCUGCAUCUACCUGUGGGCCGCUUUGCCCUGUUACCUGUUCUAUCUACGGCACCAUAAGCUCGGCUACAUCGUCCUCUCCCGAUUGUCCAGGCUCAAGACGGCCCUAGGUGUUCUGCUGUGGUGUAUCUCAUGGGUGGACCUCUUCUACUCCUUCCAUGGCCUGAUCCACGGCUCGUCCCCUGCACCUGUCUUCUUUAUCACACCGUUGGUGGUGGGGAUCACCAUGCUGCUUGCCACACUGCUGAUUCAGUAUGAGCGGCUCCGGGGGGUGCAGUCUUCAGGGGUGCUCAUCAUCUUCUGGCUCCUGUGCGUCAUCUGCGCCAUCAUACCCUUCCGCUCCAAGAUCCUCUCCGCCGUGGCAGAGGGUAAGAUCUCCGAUCCCUUCCGCUUCACCACUUUCUACAUCUACUUUGCCCUGCUGCUCAGCGCCCUCGUCCUGUCCUGCUUCAAGGAGAAACCACCUUUGUUCUCCCCAGUGGAUGUGGACCCUAAUCCUUGCCCAGAGUCCAGUGCUGGCUUCUUCUCCCGCCUAUCUUUCUGGUGGUUCACAAAGCUAGCCAUCCUCGGCUACCGACGUCCCCUGGAGGAGCGCGACCUCUGGUCUCUGUCGGAGGAGGACUGCUCUCACAAGGUAGUACAACGGCUGCUGGAAGCAUGGCAGAAGCAGAAGAACCAGGCGUCAGGGCCCCAGGCUGCAACAGAUGAACAAAAGGUCCCAAGUGAAGAUGAUGUCCUACUGAGGGCCCAGCCCAAGUCCAAGAAGCUCUCCUUUCUGUGGGCGUUGGUGAGAACCUUCACCUCCAGCUUGCUCAUGGGUGCCUGCUUCAAGCUGAUCCCAGACCUGCUUUCCUUCAUCAACCCGCAACUGCUCAGCAUACUCAUCAGGUUUAUUUCUGACCCCAAGGCCCCAACCUGGUGGGGCUUCCUGCUGGCCGGGCUGAUGUUCAUGAGCUCCAUGAUGCAGAUAUUGAUCCUACACCAGUAUUUCCACUGCAUCUUUGUGAUGGCCUUGAGGGUACGGACUGCCAUCAUAGGCGUCAUCUACAGGAAGGCUCUGGUCAUCACCAACUCAGCCAAACGUAAGUCCACCGUGGGAGAAAUGGUCAACCUCAUGUCAGUGGAUGCCCAGCGUUUCAUGGAUGUGUCCCCUUUCAUCAACCUGCUGUGGUCUGUACCCUUGCAAGUCAUCCUGGCAAUAUACUUCCUCUGGCAGAUCCUGGGACCAUCAGCCCUGGCUGGAGUGGCAGUCAUAAUCUUGCUAAUACCACUCAACGGAGCUGUGUCCAUGAAGAUGCGGACCUACCAGGUUCAGCAAAUGAAGUUCAAGGACUCUCGCAUCAAGCUGAUGAGCGAGAUCCUGAAUGGCAUCAAAGUGCUGAAGCUGUACGCUUGGGAGCCCAGCUUCUUGGGGCAGGUAGAAGGCAUCAGGCAGGGCGAGCUUCAGCUGCUGCGCAAGGGUGCCUACCUGCAGGCUAUCUCCACCUUCAUCUGGGUCUGCACCCCCUUCCUGGUAACCCUGGUUACCCUCGGAGUGUACGUGUGUGUGGAUGAGAACAACGUGUUGGAUGCUGAGAAGGCCUUUGUGUCUGUGUCUUUGUUCAACAUCUUAAAGAACCCUCUCAACAUGCUGCCUCAGUUAAUCAGUGGCCUGACCCAGGCCAGUGUGUCUCUGAAACGGAUCCAGGAUUUCCUGAACCAAGAUGAACUUGACCCCCAGUGUGUGGAAAGAAAGACCAUCUCCCCAGGCUAUGCUAUCACUAUAAACAAUGGCACCUUCACCUGGGCCCAGGACCUGCCACCUACCCUGCACAGACUAAACAUUCAAAUCCCAAAGGGGGCACUGGUGGCUGUGGUGGGGCCCGUGGGCUGUGGGAAGUCCUCCCUGGUGUCUGCUUUGCUCGGAGAGAUGGAGAAGCUGGAGGGCAUGGUGUCUGUGAAGGGCUCUGUGGCCUAUGUGCCUCAGCAGGCGUGGAUCCAAAACUGCACACUUCAGGAGAAUGUGCUGUUUGGCCAACCCAUGAACCCCAAGCGCUACCAACAGGCUCUGGAGACGUGUGCCCUACUAGCUGACCUAGACGUGCUUCCUGGCGGGGACCAGACAGAGAUUGGCGAGAAGGGCAUCAACCUAUCUGGAGGCCAGCGGCAACGAGUGAGUUUGGCCCGAGCCGUUUAUAGUAAUGCCAGCAUUUUUUUGCUUGAUGACCCACUGUCAGCUGUGGACUCUCAUGUGGCUAAACAUAUUUUCGACCAAGUGAUUGGACCAGAAGGUGUACUGGCAGGCAAGACCCGGGUGCUGGUCACCCAUGGCAUCAGCUUCCUGCCCCAGACGGACUUCAUCAUUGUGCUUGCUGACGGACAGGUGUCUGAGAUAGGCCACUACUCGGCCCUCCUGAAGCAUGAUGGCUCAUUUGCCAACUUCCUCCGGAACUAUGCACCGGAUGAAGACCAGGAGGACCAUGAAGCCUUGCAAAUCGUAGAUGAGGAGGUGCUCCUGGUGGAAGACACACUCAGCACCCACACAGACCUGACGGACAAUGAGCCAGCCAUCUACGAGGUCCGCAAGCAGUUCAUGAGACAGAUGAGCUCCUUGUCUUCAGAAGGGGAGGGCCAGAACCGGCCUGUGCUCAAGAGACACACGAGUCUAUCAGAGAAGGAGCCACAGGUGACAAAGACUAAGGAGACCGGUGCGUUGAUCAAAGAGGAGGUGGCAGAGACAGGCAAUGUGAAGCUGAGCGUGUUCUGGGAUUAUGCCAAGUCUGUGGGGCUCUGUACCACCGUAGCUAUCUGCCUCCUGUACGCUGGCCAGAGUGCGGCUUCAAUUGGAGCCAGUGUGUGGCUCAGUGCCUGGACCAAUGACGCGGUGGUACAAGGCCAGCAGAACAACACCUCCACGAGGCUAGGCGUCUAUGCUGCCCUAGGGCUACUGCAAGGACUCCUGGUCAUGCUGUCAGCCUUCACGAUGGUGGUCGGCGCCAUCCAGGCUGCCCGCCUGCUGCACGCAGCUCUGCUGGACAACAAGAUUCGUUCGCCCCAGUCCUUCUUCGACACCACGCCGUCGGGCCGCAUCCUCAACCGUUUCUCUAAGGACAUCUACGUCAUCGAUGAGGUUCUGGCCCCCACCAUCCUCAUGCUGUUCAACUCCUUCUUCUCGUCCAUCUCCAUCCUCGUGGUCAUCAUCGCCACCACGCCGCUCUUCAUUGUGGUCGCCCUGCCGCUGGCUGUUCUCUACGGCUUUGUACAGCGUUUCUAUGUGGCCACAUCACGGCAGCUGAAGCGGCUGGAAUCCAUCAGCCGCUCACCCAUCUUCUCCCACUUCUCGGAGACGGUGACGGGCACCAGUGUCAUCCGGGCCUAUGGCCGAAUCCAGGACUUCAAGGUCCUCAGUGAUACUAAGGUGGACAACAACCAGAAGAGCUGCUACCCCUACAUCGCCUCCAACCGGUGGCUGGGUAUCCACGUGGAGUUUGUGGGGAACUGUGUGGUGCUCUUUGCUGCCCUGUUUGCAGUGAUUGGGAAAAACAGCUUGAAUCCAGGCCUCGUGGGACUUUCUGUGUCCUAUGCCCUACAGGUGACUUUGGCUUUGAAUUGGAUGAUACGGAUGAUAUCUGACUUGGAGUCGAAUAUCAUAGCCGUGGAGAGAGUCAAGGAGUACUCCAAGACUGAGACUGAGGCUCCCUGGGUGAUUGAGUGCAACCGUGCUCCAGAAGGUUGGCCCACCCGCGGGGAGGUGGAGUUCCGGAACUACUCUGUGCGGUACCGCCCGGGCCUUGAGUUGGUGCUGAAAAACCUGACUCUGCGUGUGCAGGGUGGGGAGAAGGUCGGCAUCGUGGGCCGUACUGGGGCUGGCAAGUCUUCCAUGACUCUCUGCCUCUUCCGAAUCCUGGAGGCCGCGGAGGGUGAGAUACGCAUUGACGGGCUCAACGUGGCACACAUCGGCCUCCAUGACCUGCGUUCUCAGCUCACCAUCAUCCCUCAGGAGCCCAUCCUGUUCUCGGGGACCCUGCGCGUGAACCUAGACCCCUUUGGCCGUUACUCAGAGGACGACAUCUGGAGGGCCCUGGAGCUGUCCCAUCUUCACACCUUUGUGAGCAGCCAGCCCGCCGGCCUGGAUUUCCAAUGCUCUGAGGGUGGGGAUAAUCUCAGUGUUGGCCAGAGGCAGCUCGUGUGCCUUGCCCGAGCCUUGCUCCGAAAGAGCCGAGUCCUGGUUUUGGAUGAGGCCACCGCUGCCAUUGAUCUGGAGACUGAUGACCUCAUCCAGGGCACCAUCCGGACCCAGUUUGAAGACUGCACUGUCCUGACCAUUGCCCAUCGGCUCAACACAAUCAUGGACUACAACAGGCUCCCUGGACACUGGCAACUGCGUGGACCACCUCUGUGCUCCUUUAUCUGGGUCCUGGUCUUGGACAAAGGGAAAGUAGCUGAAUUUGAUUCUCCAGUCAACCUCAUUGCGGCCAGAGGCAUCUUCUAUGGAAUGGCCAAGGAUGCAGGACUCGCCUAGAAUAUACAUGCCAAGGGGCUCUUCCUUGCCUGAACUGACAGCAGGCAUCUGCAGAAUGGAUGUGAUGGCAACGAGUGGGGCUGUUUAUGAGAUUUCUUUUUUAAUUCUGCAAACUGCCUCACAGACUAGCCAUACUUAACGGAUGAAGAAGUGAGUUGGAGGUCACAACUAGUUCAAAGCCAAGUUCAGAGCAGUGCCUGGGUCUGCCGGACCUAGUCUGCCAUUAUUAACAUACUGCAGUUUUAAAGAGACCCGCCUCCUACCUCUACACUUUCAUAUUUUCUUUUUUUAAUGAAACUUUCUCCUCUUGGACCAGGAACUGCUAGGUCAGCGUGUCCCAGGAAUGGAGGAGGCCCUGUAUGGUGCUGUCUGAGUCUACUCUGACAGGACACUGAUGAAAAUAAAGCUGUGUGAUCAACA